CUCCCUCCAAAGUAGGUCAUCGCUCAGUCGCUCGCUCACACUCACCGCCACGUAGCAGCAGCUCGGCUCCGGAGAGGCAGAAGCAAGCAGAGAUGGGCUCCAUUGCCGCCGGCGCCGACGAGGAUGCGUGCAUGUACGCUCUCCAGCUCGUCUCGUCGUCCAUCCUCCCGAUGACGCUGAAGAACGCCAUCGAGCUGGGACUCCUCGAGACCCUGAUGGCCGCCGGCGGCAAGUUGCUGACUCCCGCUGAGGUUGCUGCCAAGCUCCCUUCCGCGGCGAAUCCGGAAGCGCCGGACAUGGUGGACCGCAUGCUCCGUCUGCUGGCCUCGUACAACGUGGUGUCGUGCAAGACGGAGGAGGGCAAGGACGGCCGCCUCUCUCGGCGGUACGGCGCCGCGCCGGUGUGCAAGUACCUCACCCCCAACGAGGACGGCGUCUCCAUGUCGGCGCUGGCGCUCAUGAACCAGGACAAGGUCCUCAUGGAGAGCUGGUACUAUCUCAAGGAUGCGGUCCUCGACGGUGGCAUCCCAUUCAACAAGGCGUACGGGAUGUCGGCGUUCGAGUACCACGGCACGGACCCGCGCUUCAACCGCGUGUUCAACGAGGGGAUGAAGAACCAUUCCAUCAUCAUCACCAAGAAGCUCCUCGAGUCCUACAAGGGCUUCGAGGGCCUCAACACCCUCGUCGACGUGGGCGGGGGCGUCGGCGCCACCGUGGCCGCCAUCACCGCUCACUACCCCACCAUCAAGGGCAUCAACUUCGACCUUCCCCACGUCAUCUCCGAGGCGCCGCCGUUCCGGGGUGUCACCCACGUCGGCGGCGACAUGUUUCAGAAGGUGCCCUCGGGCGACGCCAUCCUCAUGAAGUGGAUCCUCCACGACUGGAGCGACGAGCACUGCGCGACGCUGCUCAAGAACUGCUACAACGCCUUGCCGCCGCACGGCAAGGUGGUGCUCGUGGAGUGCAUCCUGCCGGUGAACCCCGAAGCCACGCCUAAGGCUCAGGGGGUGUUCCAUGUCGACAUGAUCAUGCUCGCGCACAACCCAGGUGGCAGGGAGAGGUACGAGAGGGAGUUCGAGGCCCUGGCCAAGGGCGCCGGGUUCGCCACCAUGAAGACCACUUACAUCUACGCUAACGCAUGGGCCAUCGAGUUCACUAAGUAGAUGGUCCAUGACAACGUCCUCCCAUCUGAUGCAUUAAUUCAACUGCAUGUGUACUUUCUCUUGGGUUUCCCUUAAUUUUGUCAUUCUCUGAAUCAUUCUAAAUUCUAAUGUUUGUGUCAUCGAUUGAUUCGGAAUGUACUGCCAUUAAUAAUGUUAAUUGCUCCUAAUGGUUGUGUGUAUUAAACUCCACCCUUUGUUGAAGAAAAAUGGUUGUGUGUAUCUUAUUGAUCUA